GGCUCUUCGGUUUUACUGUUUUUAUUCAAACGUGUCGCGGGUCGGAUUCUGAUUGGCACCCGAGCCCGCCUCCUGGACGGCGCAUGUGUAGUUGAUGUUUAUCCGACACCUGGCCGGCCGUUCAGUUUGCAGUCACAGUACUUUAGAAACUUCACGUCCUGUGGCUGCUAAUCUCGGGUCCAGCACAGCUGCCCAACAUGGAUUCCUUGGAAGAGGAUCUGACCUGUUCCGUGUGUUAUUCCCUUUUUGACGAUCCCCGUGUCCUGCCAUGUUCUCAUACAUUUUGCAAGAGCUGUUUGCUGAAUGUCCUUCAAGUGUCUCUCAACUUCUCCAUAUGGCGGCCUGUGAGAAUUCCCCUGAAGUGCCCCAACUGCAGAAGCAUAGUAGACCUUCCUCCAUCAGGAGUCGACUCGCUGCCAGUUAAUGUAUCGUUGAGGGCCAUCAUUGAGAAAUAUCAAAGAGGCAGUGAACCCAGGUCAGCUCAGUGUUCACAGCACCCAAGGCAGCCACUGAACGUGUACUGCCUGCAGGAUCGACAGUUGAUUUGUGGGAUAUGCCUCACCAUAGGUGACCAUCGGGGUCACCCAAUUGAUGACCUAGAGGCUGCUUACAUCAAAGAAAGGAACACCCCUAGGAAGCUUGUGGAACAGCUGACUGAUGAGCGCUUGGCUGAAAUGGGCCUUUUGAUUGAAAAGCUAGAGCUCAAGAAAACAUUGUGUGAGCAAACCAUCAAAGAGGAUGAAGAACAGGUCAUUAAGUACUUUGAAAAGCUCCAUCAAAUCUUAGAAGAGAAGAAGCAAGCCUUUUUGGCAUCGCUGGAAGAGGCCCAGUGUGAGUCAUCAGCAAAAUAUGAUCCACUCAUUGAAAACCUUAAAUACAUGAAGGAGGAGCAACAAGAACUUCUCUCGUGCAGGGCAGCUAUUGAAAAAGAGGAAUCUGCCCUUGUAUUUCUGGAGAAGAUUCACUUUUUUCGUGGUAGAGUGGCCACUUUGACUGAAGCAAAGCUUCCUCCCAUUGAAAGUUUAGAGCUUUAUCCAAGAACAGAGACAUUUUUGAAACAAACGUGGUCUGCCGUCACAGUUGGAGCUAUCGAGGAAGCACCAAUACCAAAAGUCAGUUUCUAUACCCAUAAAAGCAGAGAAGACUUUAGCAGGCCUGGAGUAUUCCUGGGGGACUCACAGAUUUGUUUCCUUCUGCUCCUGUUUGCUAGCAUGAUUGUGUUAGCUGGAAUAGCCUUCAAUGUUGCUUUCCCUAGCAUUUCAGUUUUUCUUGACAUGGCCCAGAGUAUUUACCACAAAGUCUCUGGAUACUGUUACCUAAUUUCUGAAGAAAUGGCUCAUUUGCACACUAAUAUCAAAGACUCCACGCCAAAAUUAAAAACUUUCUUUAUCGUUGUAAAGGAGUGCCUACAAGAUUUUCUGCUUGGUAAAAAAUAAUCCAUCAGUUAUUCCAUUUGAACAUGUUUACUCAGCACAAUUAAAAUAUGAAAAUGAACUCUUGGGAGGACUUGGCAAUGGCUGUUUGCAUCCAAAAAUCGGGUUUUCCCCAGAAGGGUAAUACCCACUAACAAGCCAUGCAUUUUCUGAUAAAACACAUCCUUUCAACUGCAUCUUCACGCCAUGCCAAGCCACACAUGCACUGACAACAGUUGCCCUCUUUUUCACUGCAUUCUCAGAAUAUCUUGGCUUGAGAAUGUUGAUCACUUUAGUCAGUCUCACCAUAUACCUGGAGCCAGGCCAAGAAAAGUGGAUGUGGGACUUCCAGCAUGGCGGUGUUUCUAUGAGAUGUUUACCAUUUGGCUGGCUGCUGCAGUUUGCUGAGAUGUUCACCUGGGGCCUCAUGUAUAAUGCCGUGUGUAGAAUUUGCACUAAAAUAUGGCAUAUGGACAAAACAGAAAUGUGCAUAAGGCACAAAAAAAUGCAGAUGCAUAAAUCUGUGUGUAUGCCAACUUCCACGUUCUUCUGCUACAUAAAUCCCGGUCAGUGUGAAAUGUAACGCAUAUGCACCCGCCUGCUGCCCCACCACAACUCCUCCCAGAAUUACGUCUCUUUGAAUAUGCAAAUCAAUAUAAAUAGCCUCUUAAGUUCAGCGUUCUGUGAAAAGACAAUGGCAAAAGCACAGGGAAAAAGGAAGAAUUUCAGCGAAUACCAAGUGGAGACAAGGAAAAACUUACUAUUUGUUGGUUUAAGCAGUGGUAUAAACAACAAAACGAAGAUGAUCGAGUGGCAUAGAGUGGCGGAGAAAGUUGAAAGUUCAAGUUCAGAAAGUUGCACAGUGUCCAAAAUAUAAAGAAGUGGUCGCCGUGAAAAGGCGAGUCGUAGCCCACCAUCUGAGUGUCAUAUGGAAGAGAAAAGAAAAAAAACAGGGACACAGUGGAAAAAAGGUAGAAAUUUCCACUUUAAUCACAUAGUUUAUUUUAUUAUCUUAAAAUCGUUUAAUUUACUAGUUUCUCAAAUCCCAUACAAUACAAUAAAAAACAAUGAAAAAUAUUACAAUAUGAAAGCAUAUGUGGGCUCAGGUUGUGCAAUAUUACAACUGUAAUGCAAGUUUACAGUGAGGCAAUUGUACUUAUAAGUACAAACAGUUCUACUGGGAGCACUUGAUGGACUGAUUGAGUGCAUUUAUAGCUCUUGGGAUGAAAGUGUUUCUGAACUGCGAGGUCACUACUGGAAAGGCUCUAAAGUGUUUGCCGAAUGGGAGAAGCAUGUGUUACAAGCUGUAUCCCAAUAAUUCUCUCUGCUCUUGACACAAUCUGCCAUAGAGCUUUCCCAUCAGCUGCUGUAUACCUGUGAUUCCACACUUGGACACAGUGGGUUAAAAUACUAUGAGUGGCGCACUGAGAGUAACAACACUAAAGCAGCCAUGGCAGUGGAACAGUUUGGCCAUUCCGUGCACCAUUACAUGGUUACAGAUUGAUUACAGUCAGAUGCUUUAAACUAAAUAGUGAUAUGCAGUUAAUUUAAGUGUGUUACUGUAGAUAAAGCUGUGUCAGGGAUGUGAAUCUAAAAAAUAAAGGUAAACCAUACAGGAACAGUAGCACUACAUUGAUGCUGGGUGCUGCCAGUUUGCAAAACUGAGCCGAAGACUUGCGUACGCAGUGGUUUGAGCAGGCAUGAGAAUAUGCAUGGCUGUAUGUCAAGUUUAGGUUUUAUACAUUGCAAUGUGAGCCUGGUAAUGGGCAUACACAACAUUUUUGUGCAUACACACCAUUUAUACAUGAGGCCCUGGAAAUUUUGUACAUUGUUGUGGAAACAAUAAACUAACUGCUAAUUUUGUAAUUGUUACAGCUUUGUGGUUACUAAAUUCUCCUGCUGUUGCGUAUGUGGGGGGCUCUUUGAGCACUAGACCAGAAGCCAUAUUCCUUCUCACAUCAUUGCAAUUGUGUGGAUAGUGCUGUUGGUGCCUUUGUCUUCAGACCAUUCACAGUAAGUGUUGUCAGUACUCACUGCCCACAUCUAAACACAAAGCAUGACUCAGCUAUUGUUAAUGAAUUUUUAAAAAUCACAGGCUGUUGCAACCCAUUAAAGGGUGAAGCAACUGCUGGGGUUUGAAUGUUGUUUCCUUUAGGCCCUGUCACAUUACACACGUUUUUCAGCAACUUGCAAUAGUAGACCUGAUUUAUAUAAUUUUAGAAAGUUGGGGGCAGUCGCCGUGUAUUCCUGUGAUGGUCAAUCAUCUGGUCUCAUUUAGCCAGCAACUCACUCCUGCCGGUCUGUGACUUGCCCCGAUAAAGUCAAGCUGGUUUUAUUUUGUCUUUAGCUGUAGGGGUGGGUUCCUGUGUGAGAGAUGGUAACCAAUGAGCACUCAGAUGCAAGUCAAUUUCAUAUAAUGCAGCAAAAAAGGAUAAGGAAUGCAGGUGUUUUUGACCUUGAAAACAGAAAUGAGGCUUGUCUGUCUGAUGUCUCAUGUUUUAUAUAUCAUGACAGAAUGGACAAAGACCAAAAAAACCAGGAAAGCCUGUGUACAGCGCUGGCUUAGUCAGAGAGCAUGUUACUGGCUAUCAGAAAAAGCAGCAAUCUUGUGACACACUGAAAUUGUGAAAUUAUACUGGAAAGUCAUCAUUGAGUCGUCUGAUUUGACAUCCCAAGUGAUUUCUAAUCUGACGUCCUCUUGCUUUUGAGAACCCUUCAAACCAGAUGUUGUGUAAUGUGAUGCCAGCUUUAGUCACCAGAAUGGAGCGUACAGUUCACAGCCAGUAACUAUAAUGUAACAUGGUCAGACACACAAAGCCAGCAGCACUCCAGUUGAUUCGAAGGAACUCCUUCAGGGCCUGUUUUUCAUCCCAGCUGCUUUCUUAAUCAGAAAGAGUUUAUUUAUGCUCAAUCCUUAAAUUCCAAGUAAAGAACUUUUAAAAAUGGCCUUUGAUUAAUUGCAAGACACAUCAUUUCUUGUUCUGUAUGAUUUUUCGUGCCCGGUCUUCAAUGUUUUCACUAAGGCUGCUGUCCGUAUAAAAUAUUUAAUUGGAAUUAAUUGCACAAAUAAAACAUUUAAUUGAAAUUAA